AACACAUUUCUGACUGUGGGGACUAAGGCGUUAUCAAUGACCAAACUGGACUUCAACAUGAAUUACAUAUUUUUAUUAUUCUGGCUAUACUCCCAUCAGCAUGCUGUCUAUUCUAACUUCAUUUGUGAUGAGCCAGAGCCCCGUGGUGAUACAUCUAAAACACUGACCUGUGAGACGGUAGAAGUAGAGAUGAACUCACAAGACUGUGAGAACUUCUAUAAGUACUUUGCUUGUGCUGAAAAAAAAAAGUGUCAGCAGCUUCAUCGAUUCCUUAACAAAUAUGAGGAUUGUGUGCCCAAACAUCAGCCACUGAAACAAAAUGGAAGAAUGUCAACAGUCUGUAGUACUAAUGUCCUGAACGGCAAAGAUACUUCUUAUUUUAUAACAGAUGACAAGACCUUCACUGAAAAGGGGUUUUGGACGAGUGAACAUCCCUGUGAAGAAAACAAGGUGUAUAUGAACUCAGUGAGUGUUACUACAAGCAACUUCAUUAAAGUGGACAUUCCUGGUGAAGUAUUUGUUCAAAAGAGUGAAACAGCCUCUGUGUCAUUCACCAUGAUGUGGAACUCGAGUCUGUUUCAGAAUUUAACUGUAAGUCACAACACAAUAAUAAUACAUUUUGCCAUAUACUGUACUGCCACAGACAAAUGA